GCCCUGGAGGCAGGCGGCCCCUGGCACCCAGGGGGAGAGGAGGGGCUGACAAGUGGGGGCCCUAGACCCUGGGAAGCCAAGAGACUGUGAGCCCGGUCAGCGGAGCAGAGGGCACCGAAGCCAGACCGUCCAAGUUGACUGGCAUUUCAAGUGGAAUCAGGAGAUAUUCCCAACUCAGGGAGACUGAGCCCUAGCUCACUCACUUGCUGGACAAGAUGAUAAUCCUCACCACACUGCCUCUGUUUUGGAUAAUGAUCUCAGCUUCUCGGGGAGGCCACUGGGGAGCCUGGAUGCCCUCGUCCAUCUCAGCCUUCGAGGGCACAUGCGUCUCCAUCCCGUGCCGCUUCGACUUUCCGGAUGAGCUCCGGCCAGCUGUGGUACACGGCGUCUGGUACUUCAAUAGCCCCUACCCCAAGAACUACCCGCCGGUGGUCUUCAAGUCCCGGACACAAGUGGUCCACGAGAGCUUCCAGGGUCGCAGCCGCCUGCUGGGAGACCUGGGCCUCCGGAACUGCACCUUGCUUCUCAACACACUCAGCCCCGAGCUGGGGGGCAAAUACUAUUUCCGAGGGGACCUGGGUGGCUACAACCAGUACACCUUCUCGGAGCACAGCGUCCUGGACGUCAUCAACACCCCCAACAUUGCGGUGCCCCCGGAGGUGGUGGCAGGAAGAGAGGUGGAGAUCAGCUGCAUGGUGCCGGACAACUGCCCAGAGCUGCGCCCAGAGCUGAGCUGGCUGGGCCACGAGGGGCUCGGGGAGCCCGCUGUGCUGGGUCGGCUGCGGGAGGAUGAAGGCACCUGGGUGCAGGUGUCGCUGCUACACUUCGUGCCCACCAGAGAGGCCAACGGCCACCGUUUGGGCUGCCAGGCCGCCUUCCCCAAUACCACCUUGCAGUUCGAGGGCUAUGCCAGCCUGGAUGUCAAGUACCCCCCAGUGAUUGUGGAGAUGAAUUCCUCCGUGGAAGCCAUCGAGGGCUCCUACGUCAGCCUGCUCUGUGGGGCUGACAGCAACCCCCCGCCGCUGCUGACUUGGAUGCGGGACGGGAUGGUGUUGAGGGAGGCAGUGGCUGAGAGUCUGUACUUGGAUCUGGAGGAAGUAACUCCAGCGGAGGACGGCGUCUAUGCUUGCCUGGCAGAGAACGCCUAUGGCCAGGACAACCGCACGGUGGAGCUGAGCGUCAUGUACGCGCCUUGGAAGCCCACAGUGAAUGGAACGGUGGUGGCCGUGGAGGGGGAGACUGUCUCCAUCCUGUGCUCCACGCAGAGCAACCCGGACCCCAUCCUCACCAUCUUCAAGGAGAAGCAGAUCCUGGCCACGGUCAUCUAUGAGAGCCAGCUGCAGCUGGAGCUCCCCGCAGUGACGCCCGAGGAUGACGGGGAGUACUGGUGUGUGGCUGAGAACCAGUAUGGCCAGAGAGCCACCGCCUUCAACCUGUCUGUGGAGUUUGCUCCCAUAAUCCUUCUGGAGUCACACUGUGCCGCGGCCAGAGACACAGUGCAGUGCCUGUGUGUGGUGAAAUCCAACCCGGAACCCUCGGUGGCCUUUGAGCUGCCGUCCCGAAAUGUGACUGUGAAUGAGACAGAGAGGGAGUUUGUGUACUCCGAGCGCAGCGGCCUUCUGCUCACCAGCAUCCUCACACUACGGGGGCAGGCCCAGGCCCCACCCCGGGUCAUCUGCACCUCCAGGAACCUCUAUGGCACCCAGAGCCUAGAGCUGCCCUUCCAGGGAGCACACCGGCUGAUGUGGGCCAAAAUCGGGCCGGUGGGUGCCGUGGUCGCCUUCGCCAUCCUGAUUGCCAUUGUGUGCUACAUAACCCAGACCCGCAGGAAAAAGAACGUCACAGAGAGCCCCAGCUUCUCUGGGGGAGACAACCCUCAUGUCCUGUACAGCCCCGAAUUCCGAAUCUCUGGGGCCCCAGAUAAGUAUGAGAGCAAGAGGCGCCUGGGAUCUGAGAGGAGGCUGCUGGGCCUUCGGGGGGAGCCCCCGGAGCUGGACCUCAGUUAUUCCCACUCAGACCUGGGAAAAGAACCCACCAAGGACAGCUACACUCUGACAGAGGAGCUGGCUGAGUACGCCGAAAUCCGAGUCAAGUGACGAGGCUGGGGCUGGCCCUGCGGCUCACCCCCCAGCAGGGCCCUCGCUGGCCCCACGGGCUGUGGGCUCCCUCCCUCCUGAAGGUGGCAGGGUGAGGGCAGGGAGGGGCGCAGGGCAGGAGAUGGUGAGGUCCUGGGGGCCCCCCCGGCCUCCCGUCCUUCCCAGCUGCUCCUCCUUGACAACACGCCACGCCCACAUUGCCUUCCAUUUAACCUCAGCUGUUUAGAGGGGCUUUCUGUCUGUCCGUGUUAUUUAUUGCGAUCCCUUUCCCUGUCUACUGUCCCCCUACCUGGCCCUGGGACCUGUACAAAAGGGACAUGUAAUAAAUGUCCUAAUGCCAAA